AGCGCGCGCAGCGGACAUCACUUUAAGCAACCUUAAUCAAACGAAACCCUUCAUUGUUCGACAUUAGUCACACGCGAAUCCUCAAUAAAAAAUUAACGCUAUUUGUUUGAUUCAAAGAAAAAACAAAAAUGUGAAUUAAGACCAAAAGAAAAACAGUGAAACAAUCGUGAGGAGUAAAUUCUCCUCGGCGACCAGAUGAGCAGUUUCAGCGUUGAGUGGCCCUCGAUUAAGCCUCGAAAAUUGCUCCCCACGGUAGUCCAGCGCGCGCGUACAUCGCCUACCACAAGCUCGCCGGCAUGGACGGUCAGACCGUCACGCCACCGGCUGACUGCGAGUGCGGCGUACACCCGUCAGGUUUCUACCUACUCGCGACCCUGCUGCUCACCAGUUGUUCGACAGCGAUGUUAUGCGCUGCCAUCAUGACAGACCACUGGGAGCACGUGGCGUGGGACCGAGCCGCGCUGACCGCGCUAGCUAACACGUCGCACAUACCGCUGCAGUGGCUGUUAGAUGAAAAAGUUGUCAAAGUCGACGACCCGAAUAACAGAAAAGGAAUCGGGACCUUUUUGGUCCCUAUGAACGGAGGUAUCUGGACGAUGUGCGUCUCUUUAGAAGAGGAGGAAGCCACGAUUUUGUCAAGAGUUGGCUUCCCAAAGGAACCGGUCUGCACGAACUAUUUGGCCGAUAGCGACUACGAAGAGCCCCGGGCGGAUUGGCAGCACCGUAUGCAAAAUCUAUCGAUAUCUUGUGCGUUGGUCUGCCUGAUAGUGCUGGGAAGCGCGGCGCUGGUGGGCGCUUUCGGAGUCUGCAAGCAUCAGAUCAGCGCCGUUCUUAUAACCGGAGUUAUGUAUUUAUUGGCCGGUCUCUUUGCAAUGUUUACAUUAAUGAUAAUCCACUUCAAACGCGUCCAGCGGGUCUCGUCCCGUGGUAGUUCUCAUGGAGACGACACGGGAGACGGAGUAGUCGGUCCGAAGACUACAGUCAUUCCACUCCUUUCCGCAAGAGAAUUCUCCACGUCGUGGUCCCUCGAACUCGGCUGGGGGGGAGUUGUACUAGCGACUACAACUUCACUCCUGUGGAUAUUACUAUCGAAAAUAAUGAGAUACAAUCCCAUAUCGACUAUGCUGUUGUAAUUAGACUGUUCCUCUGUAGUUAUAUCAACUCGUCAUAUUACACAAAGAAUUGCUUGUCGCUUCGGUCGUCAAUUGUCACAGCCGUUUCCACAUCUGGUAGCGCAAUGAUACUCUUUCUAUAAGAAUGUUCCAAAUUUGGUUUUUUAUUUUUAUUUCGAAGGAACAUUCUUGUCAAAGAUUAAACUCAAUUUUUUAUUAAUUUACGUAUUAAUAUAUAUUUUUUCAAAUCAAUUAAACAACUUCACUACUGUGGAUAUUGCUAUCGAAAAUAAUGAGAUACAAUCCCAUAUCGACUAUGCUGUUGUAAUCAGACUGUUGUUCUUUAGUUAUAUCAACUCGUCAAUAUUACACAAAGUAUUGCUUGUCACAACCGUUUCCACAUCUGGUAGCGCAAUGAUACGUUACUCUUUCUAUAAAAAUGUCCCAAAUUCCAAUUUUGAUUUUUAUUUUGUUUCGAAGGAAUAUUCUUGUCAAAAAUUAAACUCAAAUAUUUAUUAAUUUACGUAUUAAUAUUUUUUUUUUCAAAUCAAUUUUAAUUACAUCCCAAUUCGUGAACGCGACUUGAAAUAUGAUGUAAACAUCAGAUUGGUCACUUUUGUCAGCCGACACUUAUAAAUUUUAGUACAUAUUUAAGUUGCAAUUGGAACAUUCUUGCCAGCUUGUUGUUACCUUACAAUCUAAAUAGUCCGCCUUAAAGCUUAGACGAACGCACUCACACAAUCAUAAUUAGUACUAAUAUAAUUAAUUAAAAACAGGUUACUACUCUAUUUCUACGCAAUUAUUUAGACGGUGUUCCAUUACAUAUACCUAACUUCACUGUAAUUCCCAAAGCUGCUGGUCACAUUUUUACUUUAGAAACUUGGAUUUCUAUUUCGUAACGGCAAUGCUUUACGAUUAAAAGGUAUGUAAAUUUCAGCAAGGUCUUGAUCAGCAUUCAAGAAACUCUAAGUUUAUAUCAAGCUAUUUUUGAUGAGAUAGAAAACGAAUGUAUCUUAAAGAUAUAGGAAAAACUGUUAAUAAGCCAAUGAAUCGAAAACUGAUGAGGUAUCCAACAAAAUUAUGGAACUCUUUGAAAUAUUAUUUUAGCAAAUUAUUUUUGUAAAAAUUCUAUUGAAGUUUUCACGCUUUGAAAUUUGAUGAAGCUUUAUUCAAUCGCAGAGCUUUCCACCGUCCAUCACCUGUUCUAUAUCUUUACCUACUAUUCUAUUCUAUACAACCAUAUACGAUGUUACUAUGUAAUUAAAAAAUAUAUAUAUUUAAAAUUUUAUGAAAAUCAAGAUAGAAGGCAGAAGUUGUUUCAAAAACAUAAUAGGCAUUAAUAUUCGAAUGUAAAAUACUUAAUUAAAAUGUUAAUAAUGAUGCUUAACAAAUUAUCGAUUUUAUUUAGCUGUUCGAUUCGGUUCUAAAUAAAAUCUAUGAAAUAACAAGGUAAAGCCGUUGUUACGAUAAAGUACCAAAAAUAAAUUACCAAAUUUAUUACUACAAAAUUUUUCUACAAUAAGAUUGUAAUUUUUUUUAAAUCUACAUAAAUAAAAAAUGUUGAAGUCGCAAUUAUAGAAAUUAAAAUAGAAGUUUCCAGUUGCCUCAGUCGCAUUAGUCAGGCUCUUAAAACUUGCUAAUCGAAAUAGUUUUGCCUCUUUGGAUCAGGACUAAACUCGCGUCAUCUGCUACUCGAAAAGCUAAAGUUUUGAGAGUUACGUAGUUGUCGAGCUGUUACGUAAAUAUUUUUCAAUUUCCGCUUCAUUUAUUUCAUGGUUCGGGAAUUUGAGAAUACUAAAAUCAUGGAGACGUCAAAACGGAGUUGAACAAUACCAAAUCGUUAUAUGUAUAAUUUUUGCACAAAACUCAAUUGUAAAUACAAUCAGGUAGUGUAAUUGUUGAAUUUAAGGGGCACUUUUGAAGUUUUCUUUUUUAUAUUUAUGCACAAUUUAAUAAUUAAAAUUCUGAGAAUGUUUGUAUAUUUUGAUCGCAGUUCUGCUUUAAAAAAUAUUGUGUAAUUCGCUUUAAGACAUCUUUUAAAGUAUGUGGUGCUGUAACUAAACAAAUAUUUAAGGUAAUUCACUGGAAUGUUGAUGUUAAAUUGUAACGUUAGGCAAAAUAAUGUUAACAAAAUAAUGUAAGCAACGAAUACAUAUAUUUCUCGUUUUAUUAUUGUCUGACAGGAUAAACCAACAGACGAAAACAAUGAACUCAUUGUCCUGUAUAAGAUAAUAAUCAAAAUGUCUAUACAAAUUUGACAUAGAAAAUAGAAAAUAAUUUUAUUUAAAAAGUAAUAUAGUUUGAAAACAUUAAUUAUAUUAGUGACAAUAUAAAGCAAUAAUAAAGCAUUCGUUUUAAAAUGCCAGCAUGUGUAAUUUGUGCAUUAUUUUUAAUCAUAUGAAUCCAGAAGCUGGCAACAUUUCGUUAUAGUGCUGCAGUUGUAAUAAUUUAGAGAUACAUUUUAUUGGUUGUGCUUUAGCUAGAUAUAUUCCAAUUAAACUAUAAAAUAAUUUUUGAUCUAAAAAUAGUUAUUAGGCAGAUUAUCAAUAUAGACAUUUCUAAAUAAAAGUGUGUUAGCAACAACAUCGAAAUAUCGAAGUUACCAUUUUCCUAUUACUUUUAAUUAAUUUGUAUAUUAUAUUUUAAGCGUUUUGUAAACGACUCUAACGUCAUUAAUUUAUGAUUGUAAAUAUUUAGUAUUUGAAUUCAAGUGAAUGUACAUUUUGUUAACCUUUUAUACUUAAUUGCUGCAUUAAAUCAUAUUAUUUUUCUCUAAA